UUUGAUCAGCCUCUCAGUACACACCAGGACGAAGGAAAGUGUCGAAAACAAGUAUAGGUUCAGCGUGCUUUCUGGAAAAGUAAAACAUAAAAAGGAAAAUGGCUAAAGCACCUGCUGUUGGUAUCGAUUUAGGUACAACCUAUUCAUGUGUUGGGGUUUUCCAACAUGGAAAAGUCGAAAUUAUUGCUAACGAUCAAGGCAACCGAACUACUCCUAGCUAUGUUGGAUUCACAGACACAGAACGUUUAAUUGGUGAUGCUGCUAAAAAUCAAGUUGCAAUGAACCCCACUAAUACAGUUUUCGAUGCCAAGCGUAUGAUUGGAAGAAAAUUCAACGAUCCUUCCAUACAACAAGAUAGAAAACAGUGGUCAUUUGAGAUUGUUAAUGAAGGCGACAGACCCAAAAUCAUGGUCAACUACAAAGGGGAGGAACGAAAGUUUUUCCCUGAAGAAAUUUCCUCAAUGGUACUUACAAAAAUGAAAGAUACAGCUGAGGCAUAUCUUGGUAAAAAAGUAAAUGAUGUAGUUGUUACAGUCCCUGCUUACUUUAAUGACUCUCAGCGACAGGCUACAAAAGAUGCUGGAACUAUUGCUGGUCUUAAUGUAUUACGUAUCAUUAAUGAACCAACAGCUGCUGCCAUUGCAUAUGGUCUGGAUAAGAAAGUUGGUGCUGAAAGAAAUGUAUUGAUUUUUGAUCUUGGUGGUGGAACCUUUGAUGUAUCAAUCCUUUCUAUUGAAGAUGGUAUCUUUGAGGUCAAAUCUACCCAUGGAGACACUCAUUUAGGAGGGGAAGAUUUUGAUAAUGCUAUGGUUACUUACUUCUCUAAAGAAUUCCAGAGGAAACACAAAAAAGAUAUCAGCGGAAAUAAAAGAGCUGUCAGACGUUUACGAACAGCUUGUGAAAGGGCUAAAAGAACUCUCUCUGCAAGUACCCAAGCAAGUAUUGAAAUUGACUCUUUGUUUGAAGGCAUAGAUUUUUACACUUCGAUAACUCGUGCCAAAUUUGAAGAAAUGAAUAGCACAUUCUUCAAUAAUACAAUUAGCUGUGUAGAGAAGUGUAUUGCUGCAGCAGGAAAAGGAAUGAGCAAAGGUGCGAUACACGAGGUUGUGCUUGUUGGCGGUUCCACUCGUAUCCCAAAAAUCCAGGCCUUGUUAAAAGACUAUUUUGGUGGAAAAGAAUUAAACAAAUCUAUUAAUCCUGAUGAAGCUGUAGCCUAUGGAGCUUCUGUACAAGCUGCCAUUUUAACAGGUGAUACUGAUGAUGCAGUGAAGGACCUUUUGUUGUUGGAUGUUGCUCCAUUGUCUCUUGGCAUUGAAACUGCAGGAGGUGUAAUGACCAGCUUGAUUGCUCGUAAUACAACAGUUCCAACAAAGAAGUCUCAAACUUUCACAACCUAUUCUGAUAACCAACCUGGAGUGCUUAUUCAGGUAUUUGAAGGAGAAAGAGCAAUGACCAAAGAUAAUAACUUACUUGGUAAAUUUGAGUUAUCUGGAAUUCCACCUGCACCACGUGGUGUGCCACAAAUUGAAGUCACCUUUGAUAUUGAUGCUAAUGCAAUUUUAAAUGUGUCAGCUGUUGAUAAGAGUACUGGUAAAGAGAACAAAAUUACUAUUACAAAUGACAAAGGUAGACUAUCAAAGGAAGAUAUUGAACGUAUGGUUGCUGAAGCUGAGAAAUACAAGAAAGAAGACGAAGCACAAAAAGACAAAAUCACUGCUAAAAAUGGUCUUGAAAGUUAUGCCUACAAUAUGAAACAAACUGUUGAUGACGAAAAACUAAAGGAUAAGAUUAGUGAAGAAGACAAGAAGACCAUUGUUGACAAAUGCACUGAAACGAUCAGUUGGUUGGAUGAGCACCAGAACGCAGAGAAAGAUGAGUACGAAAGCCAACAAAAAGAAUUAGAGAAGGUUUGUGCUCCAAUCAUAUCUAAGCUGUACCAACAAGCUGGCGGAGCUGGAGGAAUGCCCGGUGGUAUGCCUGGAGGUAUGCCUGGUGGAAUGCCGGGUGAAGCCCCAUCUGCUCCAUCCAGUGGUGGUCCAACUAUCGAAGAAGUUGAUUAAAAAAUGUUUUUUUGCACGUAAAUUUUGCACAUGUAAACAAAAGUUCCUGUUGUAAGCUGAACAUUGACUCAGUUGUAUGUUAUUGUUUAAUAUGAAAGAGAUAAAUUAGGGUACUUUGAUUACACACUGUAAA